AUGCCAGCCUUUGUCGACUCUGCAAAGAAGAAUGAAACGUCGGCAUCCAACUACACCAGACAUUUGACAUCUAUCUGGAUUGCUGUGUUGCCAACAACCUUUAACUUCUUUGGGCCCAUUUUCAGCGAGGACACCUUCAUGACAGCCUUCAACGAUCCUAACACAAUUCUCGACGCAAAGCUCCCAUGGACGAUAUGGGGUGCGACUACAGAGGUUGCUAACUUCAUCCAUAACACCGAGCUACGCCGCUUGCCGAUGAUUCGUACGCAAGCGGUCCGCCACGAGCUGAACCAGGAACCCAGAUUAUUCGGAGCCAUCUUCACCUACCGACAACUGAAAUUACGCUAUAUAGCACACAGCAGAGCCGUCGAUGACGCUCCCAUAACCCGAGAACACCAAAGUGAAGUGCUUAGCGAGGCACGAUUUUGCUACUGUGAAUAUCCAUAG